AUCACCUUUCAGGGUUCAGAUUUAUCUCCAUUGGGAGAUUGUGGCCUUUACCCUUUGGCAGGUUUCCAGAUAAACUGCUCUUUUGCAGAGCCUGAACCCACUUUAUUCUUCCACCCUUGGGUGGUGGAGAACCGAGGUCACUUGGGUAAUCCCGGACAGUCCCCCACCUUUGCCCCUGGGCUGACUCAGAUGCUCACUUGCCUGGCGUCUGCCUCCUCUCUUGGCUGGAAGGGGUCUGGCUUUUGAGGGCCCGGAAGGUAUUUAUUUACUAAUGUGCAUUUGUAUAAUGAAUGUAUUCCAGACAGCAGCUUGCAAUUGAGCGCUGAGAAUCCGGCCUAUUUGUGGUGGACGUUCUGCAACUCCUGAUUUUUGGCUUAAUAGGCAGUUUACAACAUAGCCAGACUUAGUUUCCAAAAAGACAGAACCCCAGAGACCCUACCUUUUAAUCCUAGUAAGAACGAAAAACCUAGAUUGACCUGACUGCAUUAUGUGACAGCAAAUGUUUUAAAGUGCAGAACCUUUAGCGCCUAACCCGCCUCCCCCCAUAGAGUUUUUGCAUAAGAUUUUCUGGGCGUUUCUUUGAAAGCUAGAGAACACUGUCAGUAAUUGCUAAAAUAAUGGCUGUCGCUUGAGCAGGUAUUAUUCCAGGGUGGAGAGGGGGCCUAUUAUUGCGCGCAUUCUGUGCGCCGCAGCGAGCUGGUUGCCAACGCGCUGGGUCUGGGCUCCGCGGGGCGGGGCCUCUGGGAGGCGGAGCGAGCUGGGGCGGGGCCUCCGGGCCGUCGCCAGUGCGCAUGGGCCGACAUCCUCCGCUCCGAUAGACCCCCUUCAGUUUCCGCUGUUGUCGAAAAACGUUGUGAAGGCCGUUAGCAGAGUGUCCCCUGAGAGCGCCGGUCGCGGAAAUGUCUGAUGAGAAAGGUUCCCUCGGGGGAGGUGUAGAGAAAGGAGAGGAGCCCGUGGGGACCAUCGCUGCUAGUGCGUACUCUGUGAAGCAGGCGGAUGAUGGGGAGGAGCCCAUGAAGGUGGGAGUGGCGGUGGGGGCUGGUGGUUGCUCUGACGACCUCAGCUAUGGGGAGGCCAACAUAGACCCCAGCCUCCUAGGGCUUGCGGGUGACGAGGAGAAAUGCCGGAAAAUCCGCAAGAAGUACCGGCAGCUCAUCUGUAACAUCCAGCAGAACCGUGAUGACCUAGUGAACACCGUGAGCGACUCGUUAACCGAGGCGCUCGAAGAAGCCGAUGUCCUGUUUGAUGGAGUGAGCCGAACAAGAGAAGCCGCUCUCGAUGCCCAGUUUCUUGUUCUGGCUUCUGAUUUGGGUAAAGAAAAAGCAAAGCAACUAAAUUGCGAUUUGAGCUUUUUUAACCAAGUAGCGUUUUGUGACUUUCUGUUUAUAUUUGUGGGUCUAAACUGGAUGGAAGAUGAACAUGAGGAAUUGAAUGGCUUUGAUGAUAAUAUAGUUCUUUCCUUCUGGGACACAGUACAGAAGGAGGCAUCGUCCUGGAUUUUGCAAGCUGAGACAUUCCACUUUAUUUUUGGUUCAUUCAAGUCCAAAGCUGCACCAAGGCCCCGACUUGAACACAACAAAAAAGCUCUCAAAAUGGAAGAAAAUGGGGAUAUGCCUACAAAGCUGAGGAAGUUGGACCUGAGUAACAAUCAAGAAACAACAGAAAAAGAAGUAGAAAGAAUCUUGGGAUUGUUGCAAACUUACUUUCGGAAGUAUCCUGAUACUCCUGUGUCCUAUUUUGAGUUUGUGAUUGAUCCAAACUCUUUUUCUCGUACUGUGGAGAAUAUAUUUUAUGUUUCUUUCAUUAUAAGGGAUGGUUUUGCGAGACUGAGGCUUGACCAAGACAGGCUGCCCAUAUUAGAGCCAAUUAAUAUUAACCAAGUGGGUGAGGGAAAUGAUCCCUGUUCUCAUGGCAGGAAACAAGGAGUUAUAUCUUUGAGUUUACAGGACUGGAAAAAUAUUGUGGCAACUUUUGAAAUUUCAGAGGCUAUGAUCACAAACUCCUACUAGGGAUUUUCGUCAUGUAGGAUGCAUUUUGUGGCUUUUCUAAAGUAUCUCAAAAUGGAGAGUAAAAUAAAGCAGAAGCACAUAACUAUUUCAUGUAAAGUGAGAAAGUAUUUUCAAAAAUGCCAGAAAUUGUUUUACUGUGCAGUGUAUUUUUUUUUUUUUGGUAGUUUAUAAGGUUGUCAUGAUCUUCUGUUAUUAAAAAAUUAUUCACUGGCAUGUUUGCAGGAAGAUUUUUUUUAAAUGCCCUUUAAGACUUUAUCAAUAAAAAUUAGCUCUGGGAUUCAUAAGGGGCAUUUGAUAAUUUACCAAAAAAUCAAUUUUAUGACGCUAUUUGAUACUGCAUUGCUUCCUCUGUUAGAGGGAACUUGUAUGGGGCACCUGACAAGGUUGGGGGAAGAGUGGGGGGAAAAAAAUAGUCAAGAAAGACUAUCCAUAGGACAGUGAAUAAGCAAUGAUAAUAUGUAAAAAAAUCUAGAUGUCAUGCUUCAUUUCAAGGAGGACUCAGUACGAUUAAUGAGUAUCCAUAAGCUAAAUAAUUUCUCCUGUGAUUAGACUUAUCUACUGUAGAGACAUUCUACUUUUGUUAGGUGAGGUGUCAAUUAAGUGCAUGCUGAGAGGUGAGUAGGGAUUGGUCAAAGAAGAAAGGUAUUCUAGGCAGGGGAAUACGGAGGUCAAAUACAUGGAAUUGUGAAAAAUUAUGGCACCAGAGAUUCAUGAGUUGUUUCUUUUUGUUUUUAAACUAUUCCAUUUGAAGGGCCCCGGGGUGGCUCAGUGGGUUGAGCCUCUAGGCCUUUGGCUCAGGUCAUGAUC